AUGAUUUCGAGAGUAAUUUUUUUAUGUUUGUUUCGGCAUCCUGCUUGUUGCGGGCUGCGAAUUUGGCAAAAAGCCGGCAGCGGGAUCGACCCCGCGGCCAGCGUUAAGGAUCGUGUUAAGGGCGAUGUUUCCUCUUCCGCCCCGCCUCGCGAAGCCGAUCUCUGCCCUUCUGCCCCGCCUCACGAAGCCGAUCUCUGCCGUAGAUCCUCUUCUCGCUUCCCCGCCCGUCUUCUUCUCUUGUUCUCUCGCGAAGCACAGUGCCGCGCCGCGCUACUCCUUCCACCUUCGACCGAAGAGCCAAAGCCGUCGACUCCUUCCACCUUCGACCGAAGAGCCAAACCUAACACAACCAAACUCCCCCUACCUCCAACAGUCCACUUUGUUCCAACCACCAAUUCCUCUCCCUCUCUCCCUUUCCCUCUCUCCCAAACAUAUCAUAUCAAGCACUCAUUUUUACCACCUCCACUCAAAUCAAAGAACUCUUCUCCAUGGAAGACCAUUCCCUCGAGCUCACCACCACCCCACUCUCCACCACCUCCUCCACCUCCUCCUCAUCCUCCUCCUCCUUCUACAUCCCCACCAUUCCUCCCCCCACCCCCCACAAACUCACCAUUAAAAACCUUUCCUACUCUCUCCACACCUCCUCAUUCCCCUUCCUCAACAAACUCCCCCAACCCCGCCGAAGUUCUCAAAUCCAUCUCCUUCUCCGCGCGCAGCGGCGCCGGCGAGCUCCUCGCCAUCGUCGGCCCCAGCGGUGCCGGCAAGUCCACUCUCCUCAGCAUCGUCUCCGGCAGAGUUCAGCGCUCCAAAUUCAAUCCCAACAGCGUCUGGUUUGAUGGAAUGCAGGUGAGGAGCCCCGGGAGGUUGCGGAGGCUCUGCGGCUUCGUUACUCAGGAGGAUAACCUAUUGCCUCUGCUCACCGUGAAGGAGACGCUCAUGUUCAGCGCCAUGUUUCGGCUUAAGGGUAUCAGCAAUAAGGAGAGGGAGCAGCGUGUCUGCAACUUAAUGGAGGUAGGUUUCAUGUUUUCUGGUUCGGACAUAUUUGAUUUGGCGGUAUGGCUGAUAGUCCUGAUGGCGAGCUCCCUGGUUCUGUUUCUGAGCGCGGUGGCGUCUGAUUACGUGGUGGGGAACUAUUUAAUCUGCGUUUUUUUAGGGUUUUUCUUUUUGUUUUCUGGGUAUUUUAUAGGGAAGGAAAGCCUGCCAAAGUUCUGGCUUUUUAUGUACUACGCAUCGCUGUACAGGUAUCCGUUGGAUGCCUUGCUGGUGAACGAGUAUUGGAGUGAUAGGCAGAGAUGUUUUAAAUGGUUGGGAGGAGAGCAGGGGACGGUUUGUUUGAUGAACGGUGGAGAUGCGCUGAGGAGCAGGGGGUUGGAGAAGGAUAUUAGGUGGGUCAAUGUUGGGGUUAUGUGUGGUUUCUUCUUUCUUUAUAGGGUUUUGUGUUGGUUGGUUUUGGUUAGAAGGGCUUCCCGGACCAUGCUUUGAUCAAAGUGUGGUUAAUGAGUUUAACCGGAUUAUGGUUAUUGUAAUUUCAUGUAUUUUUUUAAUAGUUUUGAGAUUAUCAUAAUUUCUAGGCAUUUUGGGUACAUACCAUCAACUUUAAAUGUUCUCAUGUA